AUGUUCGCUUUUAUGGCGACAUUCAAGAAAGGGUUGGCGGCGGAGGAUCUCUGUCAGACGCACUCGGCCUUGCAUAUCACUGACGACUGCCAGCCGCUGAAAAUGAAGAGCAUCGAGCCUGGCGGCGGAUCGGGUUCGGGCGGCAGGCCGGUGUGGCAGGGGGGACCGCCGUGCGAGCCAAUCGCGAUGACUUAUUGUACUAUGCCUGGUUAUGUGCAGCUUGAGGUUGCGCAGGAUGAUAAUGUCCCGGAUUGGUUGACGCUCGGAAUCUCCUACGAAGUUCUCGGCACGGGAUUGGCCGAGUUCCUAUGCGAUACGCUGGACGACCUUGUCGAAGACUUUCUGGCCAAGGAGGCGCCGGAGCUGGCGGCCGAGUAUCCGCAGGUGAUUACGUUCACCAACAGUACAUGCAAGGAUGUGUUGAACAAGUUUCUUGAGUGA